UGCUCGAUUUAUCUGUGAUCAUCUCUUCAGCACUGACUUCCGGCUGCACAUCGUCCACACAUCACCUGCGUCACUUCUCUACUGAGCAUUAAAAACAGUAUCUACAGCCAUGGCUCACCCGGGAAUAAGACAGAUAAAGAUAAAGACUGGCAUCGUUAAGCGCCUGGCCAAAGAGGAGAUUUCCUAUAUAAAUGAGGCAAAACAGCAAGAGGAGAAGGUUGCGCGCCUGAAAGCUGAGGCUGGAGAUGAAUAUGUCAUCAAGAAACAGAUAGAGGUGUUGCAGGAGGCAAGAAUGAUGGUCCCGGACUGCCACCGCCGACUGUCCAUAGCACACGAAGAUCUGACAAAUUUACUUGAAGCAGAAGUGGAUUUGGCCGAAUCGGAGGAAUACAAAGAUGCUCAGAAGAUGUUGGACUCAGUGAAGCUUGAAGGAUGAUUCCUUAUGCGUUUCUUGUUCGCACUGUGAGAUUCACCUCUUUCUUUAACGUGCAUUCCCUUCAUCAGGCCAUGGAGACAAACUGAAUCCGAUCAAAGCCUCUGUUCUUGAUGUUAUUAUUUCUACUGUUGACUUUUCCCCAUGCCAACACAUUUGUUCAUGCUUUUGUUCUGUCUGUAAAAUCCCAAAUUUUACCAUAAAAUGUUCAGUUUAUUACAGUCUAGGAAUGGAGUUUGUUUUUUCAUUUUUGUCAUGUAUACACUGUCUGGCCUUAAUUAAUACAAUUAUAUACAAACGCAUGUAUGCCAUUCAUCUAAUGACAGUUCUUUCGAAGGUUGUGGUCCAUUUCUUAGUCGAUCUGAAGUAAAUGGUCACCAGUGUAAAUAAAGAAACUCUAGAUCACUA